AUGCGUGUAAUAGUUUCUGUGAUACUGCUUCGUUUAUUUACAGUAUUGGCCCAAGAUGAGUCUUACUUCGAUAUCUUUUCCUUACCUGGAGUUCCAUGGAGGACCAGAGACCCGCACAAAUUUGAAGGACCUAAGAACGUCGUCAUCCUGCCCUCCGACAGUCAUAAGGUGGAGGAUUUCUUGAAUGGCUACCGCAAAAAUCACAGAAAAACAGUAUCUAAGUACGAGGUGCGUAAGAAAAGAAAUGAAAGUGACCUUUGGGCGGAAGUGGAAAAAUUUAGCGACUACAAGAAGUGGAACAGUAAAGGUCAUUUAGAAGCGGUGUUUAAUGAAAAUGACACCCUACAACCUCAACUCAAUCAAAAGCCAAGGAGAGAUUUUCCUAAAGACCGAAAUGAUGAGUUAGAAUCUGAGUUUGGUGAAGUAGUGAGACCUUACGACAGGAAAGACCGCCGCUUUGAACCAGUUACCAUAAGACAGACGAACUCAUCCAAAAAAGCACCAAGUUUUCGUCCUACUGGACUCUCCCACGUACAGAAGAUUACAAAGUUAGAGGCAGCCAACUUUACAAGGCAGAAUGUGAACCGCCUACUUAAGAACUUUGUGAAUAGGCUAUAUAGGCGAAAAUACGGCGUUUCUAGGUACGUGGAUAUAGAUCCCGAUGACAUAGACGGAGAAAAGAGUAAAUUCUUCGGGAGCGGCCUAGAUACUCUGGCUUUGCUGAAGAACAAAACUAAAACUAUAGCUAAUCAGUUCUUGAAUGUGUUUCAAGUGGUCAAAUUCAACAAUACUGCCUGCGAUGCUACCCUAAACGGUGUGUCAUAUCAAGGAGUUUGUUAUUUGGCGGCACAAUGCACAAACUUGAACGGAACCGCGGGGGGAACCUGUGCUGACGGUUACGGCGUUUGUUGUGUUUUUCGAGGAAGUUGUGGAGGUAGCGCUUCCCAAAACUGCAGCUAUUUUGAAAGCCCAAACUAUCCAGACUACUACCCCAACAACGGAGGGGUGGUACCGCCCAUUCCAACCACUGCUCCACCUCCCACCACGACAACGGAAGAUCUACGGCCUGAUCCCAGGUUUCAACGCAACCGAUUUGGAAGACAGAUGGGAACAUUGGAGUGUAUUUUCAGCGUUUCGAAGGCAUCUUCAAGUGUACAGCAGAUGCGUAUAGAUUUCCUGGAUUUGGAGCUCUUAGGUCCUACAAAUGGAACUUGCGUCAAUGAGAUGUUAGUCAUUAGUGGGAGUGGGAUUAGCAACCAGAUCCCUGUUAUCUGCGGUUACAACACAGGACAACAUCUUUAUGUGGAUGUAUCGAUGUUAAGCGGACCUCUUAUGUUAUCUGUUCUUUCCAAUAUGUCCUACAGAAAAAGGUUUAGAAUCAGGAUCUGCCAAUAUUCACAAACAGCUUGUAUAACUCCGAAUAAUUGUUUACAGUAUUACACAGGUACCAGUGGGGUGAUACAGUCUUUUAAUUAUGAUCAAGCAUCAAUGUUGAGCCGGAGCACUCCAUCUUACUUCAAUAACCUCAACUAUGCUAUCUGUAUAAGAAGAGAAGCUGGCUAUUGUUCUAUCACUUACACGAACAUAAUGAACGGAUUAGAAUAUCCUUUCCAAUUGGUGAAUUAUGCCUCAAAUGGUCAACCGACUGUAAUGCCAGGUCAAGCAGGAGUUGAAACUUUUGAUUGUCCAAAUGAUUAUAUUAUCAUCAAUGGACAGAGACUUUGUGGCAACAAGUUUAAUGAUGGAAUGACAAAUGCAGAUCUAACUAUGAAUGCACCUGUAAUAGAUAACAGUCUAGGACCGAUAGUUGUGCAAGUUAGAACAAAUGGUUCUGCCACAGGUAGAGGAUUUAAAUUGUUUUAUACCCAAAAUAGAUGCUCAUAAGCCAAUACAAAUUGUUGAUUUUUUAAAAAUUAUUUAAUAUUUAUUCUUUAAAACCAAAUAAAACAAAUUUGACUAUUA